UUACGCUCUAGUAGUAGAGAGGGCCCAGUCGCUGCGCCCCGUCAGCCACACAGUCCGCACGAUUAAAGCCUCAGACGGCCGUUAAAGAGCAGCUGAAAGCGGCGGCGGGGCCUAGUGACACUCCCUGACAGUCUCGGAGCGGUUUGGAGAGGAAGAAUGGCGGAUACGAGCAGCACUGCGGCGGUCGCGGCCGAAGCCUCCGACAGCGCCGCCGUCGCUGCUGCUGCUGCUGCGCCUGUUGCGCCCGAUGCACCGCCCGUAGCUCCGGUGCCCAGGACUCCAGCCGAGUCCGUGAAGGGACAGAUUUUUGACGUGGGCCCCCGCUACACGAACCUGUCGUACAUCGGGGAGGGUGCUUACGGAAUGGUGUGCUCUGCUCUGGACAACUUGACAAACCAGCGCGUAGCCAUCAAGAAAAUCAGCCCAUUCGAGCACCAGACAUACUGCCAGCGCACGCUGAGGGAAAUCAAGAUCCUGCUGCGUUUCCACCAUGAGAACAUCAUCGGCAUCAACGACAUCAUCAGGGCACAGCAGCUCGACAACAUGAGGGAUGUCUACAUUGUGCAGACCCUGAUGGAGACCGACCUGUACAAGCUGCUGAAGAGCCAAAGGCUAAGCAACGACCACGUCUGCUACUUCCUCUACCAGAUCCUGCGAGGCCUCAAGUACAUUCACUCCGCCAACGUGCUGCACCGGGAUCUCAAGCCCUCCAACCUGCUCAUCAACACCACCUGCGACCUCAAGAUCUGUGACUUUGGCCUGGCGCGGAUAGCUGACCCAGAGCACGACCACACUGGUUUUUUGACUGAGUAUGUGGCUACUCGUUGGUACAGGGCUCCAGAAAUCAUGCUCAACUCCAAGGGCUACUCAAAGUCCAUUGACAUCUGGUCGGUGGGCUGCAUCCUGGCUGAGAUGUUGUCCAACAAACCCAUCUUCCCUGGGAAACACUACUUGGACCAACUCAACCACAUACUGGGCAUUCUUGGCUCUCCAUCUCAAGAAGAUCUGAACUGCAUCAUUAACUUGAAGGCGAGGAACUACUUGCAGUCCCUGCCUGAAAAACCCAAGAUCCCGUGGGAAAAGCUGUUCUACAAGGCAGACCCUAAAGCUCUCGAUCUGCUGGGCCGCAUGUUGACCUUUAACCCCAUCAAGCGCAUCACCGUUGAGGAGGCCCUGGCUCACCCUUACCUGGAGCAGUACUACGAUCCUUCAGAUGAGCCUGUAGCAGAGGAGCCCUUCACUUUCACCAUGGAACUGGACGACCUUCCCAAAGAGAGGCUGAAGGAGCUGAUCUUUGAGGAAACGGCUCGUUUCCAGGACAACUACCAGCCGCCGGUUCGCUCCUGAGACACAGUCCCGAGGAGUGACAAAGAAGCGCAGAGGCUCGGAACAACUUGCUAAAAAUAAAAGAAAAAUGCAUCAUCAAGAAACCAACAAAAAGAUAAAACCAAGAAAUACAAGCAUUAAAUUGCUAAUCUUUCCAUUUCUACUGCAAAGAGAGAGCUAAGUUUAAAUUUGAUUUCUGUGCUUGGGUGGGAUGGUAGGGUCUGUCGUACUGUUUUAGUUCUUUUUUUCAUCAUCUCUCUUUUUUCUUUCUUUCUUCAUUUUUAUGCCUCAUCUACAGCAACACGCUGUCCCUUUCCACUCCUCAUCAAACCUUUUCUUUCACGUCGCUAACCUGUCUGAGCUUCUCCUGUUUCUCCUCUUUGUGUAGCCUCCUCUCAUGUAUACACACAUACUACUGUAUUAACCAACACCAUAACUUUCUUGUCUUGAUCCAUGUAAAUUACGACCUUGUAAAACUGAGGGCUAAAAGAACGGGGUAUGUUAAAUCGGGUGUGUAUGUACAUACAAAAAAAAAAUUUUUUUUCUUUUUUUUUCUUUUUUGUAUUGCGCUUGUUGCAGUUUUCGUUUGUACAACAUUGUUUAAGGGUUUUUGGUUGAGUUUGGUCUUAUGUGUAUGUUUUUUGGGAUUUGUACUUGCAAGUCUUUUUUUUUUUUUUUUUUUUUUCUGAACACUUGAUUUUGAAACAAACCAUUCGAUGUUUUUACUGGCAUGUUGGCAGGAUUUCUUCUGUUAUCGCUCUUUUUCUUAUAAAAGUGUAUGAUGUUCAUAUGAAUGCAUGCAUUCCUGAAAACUUACCAAAGUGGCCGAGAGAUGCAAGGGACUUGGCUGGCGAGCAACAUGGGAAUAGAAAUAACCGGCAGACUUUUCCCUCCUUCUUAUAUGUGGACGGUCGAUUGUAUCCAGGAGGCCGUGCAUGACUUGGGCUAAAAGCAUAAAAUAGUUUCUCUUAGUAUGUGUUUGUGCAGUCAUAGUGUUCAUACUAACGCCCAUGGUGCAUUGUGCUGGGUCAAAAACACCAGAUUAUCGCCACUCUAGGAGAACUGCACGUAAAACAUCAGCCUAACCGAGUUGAAACGUUUUCCUGUAUUAAAUGUAAAACAGUGGGCUCGCUGAACCAGCUCUCAAUUGUUAUUUUUCUAAAAACAAUUUUGGUGAACACGCAUCCUAGAAAAUUAGGGUCUGGUUUUGUUUGACCCAGGGUACCUGUUGUUAUUGAGGCCUAACUGAGAGUGAAGACUCAAAUCUAGCCACCCGUUAACAGAGUGGUAUCUCCUCACAUUAAACCACUGGGGGGGACGAGUGCAAGAUCAUUGAAACUAUUAAUUUUACUAGUAAAACCUGCUUUUGGUUAAUGUGAGACCUGAUUGCAGGUGGCAAUGAAUAUCUUGUUUUUGGGUUUGUCUGUUUUUUUAUGACCCCUGUUGAAACCAAUUAAUCGUAAAUAAAACAGUCAAGCCCCGGAAUGUCAGCUCAGCGCACAGCCAAGCACCCAUCAUCGCUCUAUGGUUGUACUGUAUAUAUUAUAUUUCCAAUUACUCUUUUCUUUUUGUUUUUGUUUUUUUUUUUUGGGCCAGUGUAUAUUUUUCCCAGCUUCCUUUACUGGAUGUUUCCUCUUCAGUGUGGGUGGCACUCACUUUUCUAGUUUCUCCAGAGUGUUUUUCUUUAGCUGUGUCCUCCCGUCUGUUUGGUGUCUGCUCCCUCCUGUCUUUGCUCUGGAUGUGACUGUAUUAACUGUUGUUUGGUGGAUCACAUACGUGGGAACAGUAUCGUAUGCCCCUCCCCCUCCAGAAACGGACCAACCCAUGCCCUGGGUCAUCCUCUCAUGCGGAGCUGUG